AUGAAAAGCUACAGCCCUGACGUUCCACUUGAAUCAAUGGCUUUGGAUAUGCAAGAGAAGAACAUUCCGACGGAGGACAACAAGUUCGAUGAGCUCACAUUGGCAAUCGGUGCAAGAUGCCACGCUAGAUGUCAGCUCGAAUUCGAAUUUGCAAAAGAGUGCAAUUUGGUGAUGAAGCCGCUUUCAAUGCUUGGAAAUAGGCUGAAUUCGGUAGGCGUGGACGGCUCAAAUUGGGAGAAAUUCGAGAAAGAUGUGCUGGUGCCCAUCUGCGCGCCAAUUCGAGAAUGCACACGAAAAGUGCAAGCCAAUGCAUUUGUUCUGGGGACUUUUGGCAUAAUAGUGAGAUGUCUCAACUGUUAUGAAAAGCUGAAGGAUUCUGUUUGCUUCUACAACCACUCGAUACUUAUUGAGAUGUAUGCUAGAUUCAGAAGAAGAGUGUUACGUGGAAAUCAAUAA